ACCCACUCCACUCCACGCAUCAAGACUGUCUUGGUGGUCGCGUCACUGCCCGCAGCAAAACCCGCAUACGCCAGAACUGUCUGGUUGAGCUCGCUGCUCUCUCUGCUUCCGAACGCGCCCUACGCCCUCGCCCGCGUCCUCGACCUCUCAGACCUGACCGACCACCCAAACUUGCCGAAGGAAUGCGAAUCGCGUCCUGUCUGGUAACGGUAUGAAUGGCAGCAAGUCACCAGAUCCGGCCAAUACAAAGACCGGACCUGCUGCACAGAACGAUCGGCGCACUGAACACGCCAAUGGAAAUCGCGAAUUAAACCAGCGUGACGACAUACGAGAGGCGAAUGACGGAUUGGCAGCUGUAGGAGCGCCUACUCGUGAAGAACCUGCAGCGCUGGACGCAGGCACCUUGAAAGAGGCGCAAGAGAAGGCUGAAAACGAUGCGCCUCACGACGACGUGGAUUCGGAGGCAGAAACUUUGAUAGACAGUCCAGUGAAGCGCAAGGAAGCCGAAAGACAGACCAACGCCGUAAAACUCGAGCGUCAACAACCUAAGCCACGCCACCGGAUAGGCAGUCUCCCUGUGCCCACGGACGGCGACGAAGAUGACUCCGCCCAGCCUUCACCGGUGCCCAGCGUGGAAAACGCAGCCUCGGCCAAAGAUGUCAAGGAUGAGAGCCUGGAACACACGAAAGACGACGGGGAUCGAAACAGCAUGAGCGAACCUCUUAGCUCCCCACGUUCAUCUGCUUCGAAUCCACCCUCACGUGAAUCUUCGCUAGCGCGCGCUGUCUCGGAGCUGCCUGAAUAUUCGAGCAAUAUCGCGCUAUCGCCGAAUCCUCGAAAGCGUAAGCAUCGAGCUUCUUCUGUGAGCUUGCCCAAUAAACGCCCAAGUAAUGAGCCAUCGAGACGUCGCAUUCGCGGUCUCCACUCCGAGGAAUUGGAUGCAAGAAAGGAGUCAUCGCUAUCACCAAAGCUGCGCAGCCACCGCAGGGCAGCAUCUACACAGUCUGCCUUCACGGAAGGUGUUCCUGAGGUGCCAGAUAAGAAGCGUCGAUCUGCCCCUCACGGCCUUGGUAAAGAAUUGAAAAGUGGUCGUCCCCUGUGGGAGGAGUCUGAUACAUCUUCAGAGACGACUUCUCACGGCAACACAGAGUCUCGAAGACCACGACGCGGCGUCGGACGCUCUACAUCGACUCCGGGUAGGCCAGCAGGCCGCGAACACAAGCGGCAUAUCAAUAAAUAUGGCUUCACGAGGCUAGCAGAAGCUUGCGAAGAGGGCGAUCUCGAUCGCGUCAAAGAGUGGCGAAAUAGAGAUCCUGAUCAGCUGGAACUUGCCGAAUUUGCUGGCAACAAACCUCUUCAAAUUGCGGCUCUUCACGGCAACGUAGAAGUUGUGGAUUACUUGAUCGAACAGGGCUGCCAAAUUGACUGUGCUAAUGUCGACAAAGAUACUCCUCUCAUUGAUGCUGCCGAAAACGGUCACCUGGAUGUCCUUCGUAGUCUGCUCCGUGCAGGCGUCGACCCUUUGAGGCAGAAUCUUAAGGGCCAGCAGGCGCUGGAUGUUGUUACCGACGACACGGACGAUGCAGACGAGAUCCGAGCAGCUCUGAGGAGCGCCAUUGAGGUGUGGAACACCAAUGGGUCCCGCCAGCGGCGAGAGGAGGAAGAGGAAAUGCGUCAUCGAGCUGGGCCAACAAAAGAGCUGCAUUUCAUGGCCCGCUCGUAUGAAAAUCUUCUCAAGCUGGUGCAGAUUAAUGAUCGCAACGGUGUCAAGGAGUUUCUGGACGCUCGUGUACCUGUGGAUAAUGCGAUAAUCGCCGCUGCUGCCAAGACUGGCGAUUCUUACCUUGUAAAUAUGCUAUUAGCAGAGAUGUCCGAGAAGAAGGCGUCACAAAGACCCGAGCGUCUCAUGCUGAGCGUCUUGGGAACGUCGCACUUGGAGAUGGUGAAGUCACUCUCAGAGCUCGACAAUUUUGAUCCGCUGUACCGCAACCGCCAAGACAAAACUUGGCCCGAGCUUGCAGAAGAACGACAUGGUCCGAACUGGCGGGAAGAGAAGCUGCUGUUGCAACGAUUGUAUGAUCAGAGUGCAGCGUCAAAGGAGCGGUGCAGCUCGAGUCCUGUUUCCAAGCGGGAUAGCGCCAAGCGUCGAGUUGUGCGGCGCACUCCUGCAGGCGACGAAGCAGGAGGAGAAGGGGGAGGAGAAGAUAGCGACGAGGACCAGGCACCACGACGCAAGAACGGGCGACGACUCAUGUCAAAGCGCGACAUGCGCGUGGCCAGCGGCAGAGCACCAUCACAUGAGUCUUCAGAUGCGUCCAGCUCUGACGACGCGACGGGGACGGGGAACGAGCGAGAGGAAGGCGCUUCGACGAAAACUCCGAGUAACGCAGCAGAUGUGCGAGGGUCUGGAUCCAAGAACCGUACCAGCUCGUCGACGACUCCAAACGUAGAUACAUCUCCACGACUUCGUCGACAGUCGUCUUCCUUGCGCGCUACUACUGAACGACCUCUGCAGCCACUGGAAGAGGUUGCAGAAGAUAAAGACACUGCGGCACCAUCUGAAACAUCCGAGAUGCACGCUGCGAACGAGGCACAGUUGGCCGAGAUGAAGCGUAUUCAGGAUCGUGAGGCAGAAGCAGCCGCUGCAGCGGAACGUGCUGAAGCAGAAAGGGCUCGACUGGCCGAAGAAGAGCGCCGUGCGGAGCAGGCUCGGCGCGAGGAAGAAGCGCGAGCAGCAGAAGAACAGCGCAGAGCAGAGGAACAGCGCAGAGCAGAAGAACAGCGCAGAGCAGAAGAACAGCGCAAAGCAGAAGAACAGCGCAGAGCAGAAGAGCAGCGCAGAGCAGAAGAACAGCGCAGAGCAGAAGAACAGCGCAAAGCGGAAGAAGAGCGCAGAGCAGAAGAAGAGCGAGCACGUGUCAAGCAAGAAAUGGCCGCAACAAAGCUUAGGUACCUCGAGCGAGUGGCCAUUUCAUUGCCCAUAGCAAUAUCGCAUGUGCUCCAUCCGGCCUCAGCCUUCAGCUUCGACAGUGAUGCGGCUCUUGAUUACUUGAUUCAAUACUUCACACCGCUUCAAGUCCUCAAGCAGGAGCAUCAGGACGCCUCUGCCACACUACCGGCUGGCGCCGAUGCCCCACACUGGAUAACAAAUAUGCAAGCUGCGCCGCUCGUUGGAAAACAAGGCAUUGAACUGAUGCUGCCCAAGAGCGCUCCUGGGUAUGAGGCCAGCUUAGCAAACGCCUGGGCCACCAAAGACGUCUUGGACACUGACCAGGAUUUGAUUGGUUCUGUUCUCGCGAGCCUACCGCAGCAUUUGCCACCCGGUCAAGUCCUGGACAGCGACCUUCACAGCCGGCUGUCUUUCGAAGAGGACGUGCAAAGAGCUGCGGACCGGAUCAACGCCGUGGCUGAGAUGAGAGCUCGGCUGCGUGACGGCGAAGCUGUACUCCGUUACGUGCGUCUGGACGAAGUAAUGAAGAAUCUCCAUCCGAAGCUCAGAGACUUGCCCAUUGAUGUUCGGUACGACUAUAUGCCUGUCUCUAUACCCUCGAGAGGCAUGUCCCAGGUUGAUAGUGGCAACUUCGUCACGAACCUGAAUGCUUCGAUGGACGCACGCCCCCGACAGCAAACAUUCGUUGAUGGCGAGGGCGUGAAUGGCGUUUCGUCGCCUCCACGGAGACUCACUCCCGUGUCGAUUGCACAUCAGAAGUCAGGUAGCAAGUAGGUAGCGUUGUGUAGUUGGCGAGGUACGCAGAAGCGCAGGGCAUACAUAUACUUCCGUUAUCCGC